CGACAAGCGAUGGAAAUGAUAUAAUCAGUCUACUACACCGCAACAAUGAACCGCCAUCUCCGCGCCGUCCUCAUCUUCCUCUCCUUCCUCUCCCUCUCCCUCGCAGCCAAACCCACCUCCUUCUGCAAAUGCACCUGCUUCACUAACAGCACCAUAAUCCCCCUCCUCGGGCCCAACACGCCCGCUCCACCCACCGCGCCUCCUCCCAACCCCGGUCUGCCCCUCACCCUCCGCGCCGACGCCGAUGACCCUCCAAAGACACCAACCCUCCAUCCCAAAACCUGCGCCGAUUGCAACAAGUCCUUCUGCUUGUCUUACAAUCUCCCUAUCUGCGCGGACGCGAAAGAGGAAGAUGUAGCGGCGACUUGUUUUCAGAGGGAUUCGUAUAAAGAUCAGGCGGUGGUGUAUGGCUUCAUUUUGGCUACGGGAGGAUUGCUGGGUUGGGCGUUGUUGAAACCAGUGUGGGAACGAUGGAAGAUUGCGAAAGAGGGUGCAGGGGCUGCGUCUGGUGGAGGUAGGGGAGGGUAUGCGGCUGUGGGUGGGAGGUGACUGAAAUACGCCCACCACAAUACAAUGAACGGAUUCAUGCGAUUGACAUUCUUGAUGUCUGGCUUGGACUGCGGAUUUGGAGACGCUGGGACUACACGUUGGGACUGAAGCCGGCAAAAUCGAAACGAACCUCUGAGCCUCACAUUCAAGAACAUGGAGCGUGGCCUCAAACUUGCCAGCAGUCGGAAGGCGUGCAUCAACGCAUUGUUUUGGUUGUCAAAUACUCGUAAGGAUCGAUAAUGGCGGUGAACGCCUCUAAAGCCCAGUCUCAUUACUCCGAAGGCAAAAUCAAGUAGUAACCACGCCCUGCUCCAACACAAUGGACAACUCUCGACAGCCAUCC